AUGAUAUUUUUAAUUUUUGUAAGAGCUUAAGAUUUACCUAUCGUUUAAAUAGUGUUGCCUUUUUAAUCUAAGGAAUACUCAAAAAUUUUAGAAAAGAAAUAGGUAAUAUUUACAAUGUAAAAUUAGAUUCCUUACGCUGGAUGUAAGCCUUAGAUCAUAUCCACUAAUUAAUUAUUAACUUAAUUAUCUAAUAUAAGUUCUGUGAAAUAUUGA